AAAAUUCAAAAAAACGUUAAUAUGGCGAUUUAAAAAUUCAAUGUACUUUUGAUAUAAGUUCACAAAUUAAAUUAAAAUUAUUAGAUUGAUAAUUCUCAUUUCUUUUUAAAAUAUAAUUUAUAAAUAACAGAUUAAAAUGUCCAAAGCAACCAAACGGAAAUAUGUUACCAAAGAAAUCGAAGAUUUGAGUAUUCCUACAGAAUUACAAUCAAUAGUUCAAAUUGUAAAGUCAUGCGGUAAUAAUCUUCAUGAAGUUAUUAAUCCAGCUGGAAUUCAAUAUCUCGUAUCUAUGCCAGUAAAAUUUAGGAAAAAUAUUUGGAUAAAACGAGGAGAUUUUGUAUUAGUAGAACCAAUUCCAGAAGGAGACAAAGUGAAAGCUGAAAUUGUUAAGAUAUUAACACGAGUAUGCAUAAUAGUAAACAUAUUUUUAUAUGAAUGUAAUUUUUUAAAAAUAAAACUUAUUUAUUAGGAACAUAAAAAAUGGUAUCGAGUACAGAACUGUUGGCCCCAAGAAUUUGACGAAAUUUCAAAUUCGAAGCAAAGAACAAUUAAGGAAGAUAGUGAUAACGAAGAAGAUGAUCUUUUUAUAAAUAAAAAUAGAUUAUUACAAAAUAAGAUAGAUAAUACCAGUAAUACAAGUUCUGAAGAAUCUGAUUCUUGUUAAUGUUUUUGUAAUGAUAUUAUAAAUAAUAAAGUAUAUAAUAUUUAUAUACGAAAACGAUAAAAUUGUCUAUAAAAAGACAAAAUAAAUAUUUUUCAAAAUUAUGUUAUAUUUCACUUGAAAUUUGUCUACAAAUUAAUAUUUUAUUUCUAUACUAUAAUAAUAAUAAAAAAAAGUAUAUGUUUUCGUUUAACGAAGUCAAAUGUUAUCGAAGAAAUUAUCGCUGCAUUGUCUGGUUAAUCUUAUCGAUUAAUAUAAUUUUUUGCAAUACGAUACAUAAUGUAUCUUUUGUCAAUUAUGUUUUAUCAUAAAAUGAAAAAUUCUGUCUAUUUUUAACAUAUUGAAAAUUUCAUUUCUUUAAAAAAAAUAUUUGAAAUAAAGAAUAUAAUUAUAAUAAUUAUAUAUAAUUAUAAAAUAUAAUAUAAAGAAAAUAAUUUUUUUAAGUAAAAAAGAUUUUUUAAAUAGAUAUUGUAUUAUAGAUAUUAUCUCACAGAAUAAUAUUUUUUAAUAUUCUUGUAAAUUACAUGAAUCGUAAAAUAUCAUUAUAUCUUCUUGUUGCAUUGUAAAUCGAAAAUUCUUUUAUGUUUAAUGAAUCAUAAUCAUAUAGAUAAGACAAUAAUAACAGUAGACAGUAGUAAUAAAUGUACUUAUUUUAUAAUUGAUUUUCAUAUUCAUUUUAUUCUAUUUUAUUUAAACAUUUUUUUGUGAUUUAUAAAUGCUAUUUGUUUAUUGGAUAAAUUUAAUUUAUAUAAUUUUGGAAACCAAUUUGAUAAGAUAUUUUAAAUAAUAAAUUUCGCUAUUUAUAAAAAUAUAAAAAAAAAUAGAGAAAAAAAUUUAUUCUUUCAGUUCUUUAAUUUUACCUAAUUAAAUAUACGAAAUAGUGGUUUUUAAGAUAGUUUGGAGUAUAAUAAUUGAAUGUGAAAAAAAUCUUAAAUCGAAUAGAACAUUUUAAUGAAAUAUUAUAGUGAUUUUCUUAUCACAAAAUCAAGAGAUGAGAUUAUUACGACGAAAGGUGUCCGAUCGUUAAGAAUGUUGCGAUCACUCGCACAGUACAAUAGUCUGUUUCCGACAGUGAUGAUUGGCUGAUUUAGCUUCAAUUUGUCUUCUCCUUUAUUUUGAUUAUUUAUUUUGAUUUCUUUCUUAUGUUAAUGAGAUCGAUUUAUGUGCUGAAAGACAUACUUACUUAUCAUUGUGCACAUUGUUUCUAAAUUCUUUUUCCUUUCUUAUAAUUCUACAUUUACAUAUUUUUAUAAAAUAAUAAAUAAAGUACAUUACUGAAGUAUAUUAUAUUACAUAAAAAUCUGGAAUUUUGUGCAAGUGUUUUGUCUAUUAUAAUAUUAUAUAAUUCGAUAAUUUGAAAAUUUUUCUAUCGUUUAAUUGUGUAUUUUUAUUGUGAGGAAAUCCAAAUAUAUCAGGACGGUAUAUCGCUAUCUGAAAGAAUAAAAAUGGAAAUAUACGGUGGAACAUUGACAAGAAAUAAUGGACUUAAUGUUCGUGCAAAAGUAUAUGAAAUUCAAUUUUCAAAAUCAAAAUGACAAAUUGAACAAUCUACAACUUAAUUUAGAUGAAGUGAAUGUCAAAACCUAAUAUCUUUCUGCUAUUUUAUGUGAAGUGAAACAAUUUCACGAAGGAAUUUUUUCGAUUUGUCUUAAACUGGUGGCUUAUUAAUGAUUAUAAAGAUCGCAAUUUGUUGAUUUCAGUCAUCAGAUUAUCAGGUGUUACCGGUGAUAAUAAUUUCCAUGAUCACGAUUUAUUCUUAAAAUUGUUAUAGAAAUUUAUUUUCUGUAACGUAAAUAUGUAUCAUUUCUGAUUUCAAAUAUUCGGCCAUCGCUAUCCGAUUUUUUUAGCGAAAGAUUCCGUUUGAUAUAAAAGGAGAAAAAUUUCAUUGACAAAUCAUUAUGGAAACGUCGGACGAUGAUUCUUAUGAUUUUUGGAAGAAUUGGGAUUUGAAGAAUUUAACAGAAACGGAAUAUUUGGCCAAAGUACUUGGACCUAAAUAUUUAUCUAUGAGGAUGGUGAUACCGCUCACGAUAAUAUAUAUGAUAAUUUUUGUAACUGGUAUUUUCGGGAACAUCACCACAUGUAUCGUAAUUAUAAAAAAUCCUGCGAUGCAAACGGCCACCAAUUACUACUUGUUCAGUCUGGCCAUAUCUGACCUUAUUCUACUUGUAUUGGGAUUGCCUAAUGAGCUGAGCUUGUUUUGGCAACAAUAUCCAUGGGUUCUAGGAGUUAGUCUUUGCAAAAUCAGAGCAUACGUAUCGGAAAUGUCUUCUUAUGUAUCAGUCCUUACGAUAGUAGCUUUCUCUAUGGAAAGAUAUUUGGCUAUUUGUCAUCCGCUUCGUGUUUAUACGAUAAGCGGUCUUAAAAGACCGAUACGUUUCAUUUUAGCUGCUUGGUCGAUUGCACUGAUUUCUGCCAUACCAUUUGCAAUUUAUACAAAAGUCAACUUGGUCGAAUAUCCACCAGAGUCAGGGAAUUAUUCGGCCGAUUCCGCGAUUUGCGCUAUGCUUUUACCAUAUAUGCCUGAUUUCCCUUUGUACGAGUUGAGUACUAUUAUAUUCUUCUUGAUACCAAUGUUAAUUAUCUUGGUGGUAUAUACUAGAAUGGGUCUGAGAAUCAGAAAUAGUACGAAAGAUACUUUGAACUCUGUGGUACAAGGUGCUAUUCACGGAGAUUCGAGACAAAUUCAAUCUCGAAGAUCCGUGAUUAAAAUGUUAAGUGCCGUGGUUAUUUUAUUUUUUAUUUGUUGGGCUCCUUUUCACACUCAGCGAUUACUCUACGUUUAUGCGCAAGAAUCUGAUUAUUAUCCAGACUUGAACGAAUGGCUGUAUAUUUUAAGCGGAUGUCUCUAUUAUUUCAGUACAACUAUAAAUCCCAUUUUAUAUAAUUUAAUGAGCAUAAAGUACAGAAAUGCGUUCAAACAAACAAUUUGUUGUAAAACGAGGAUAAUAGCCAGAAGAAGUUGGGUUACGAGAGAGUCUCAAAUGUGUAAUAACAGUUCGAGCGAUAAAGCACGAAAUUCAAGCUUCAAAUGUUCUAUGAGAUAUACUAUUAAUCAAGCGAAAGAAAUGUUUCGAUUUACUCCAAGUCAAGAAAACGGUGGCAGAGAUAAAAACAUGAAUGAUAAUGUUCCUCGUAAAUCAUAUAUGCUGAAGAAAGAGGAUUCCACAUCGAAACCUCUUCUCAAUCGAAUGCAUUCCGUACAAAAAAAAUGGGAGAAUAAAAAUUUAGAAUAUAAAACAAAAGACGAAAAAUCCAUCUCUACGUCCAACAGCAUUUUGUAACUUAAAUUGUAGAUAUUAAAUUAUUGUAUAUAAAAUAAUGUUAAAUUAAGUUAAUUUUAAGUUAAGCAUUUUAUUUAUUUUCUGACGAUAUAUAUAUAUAUUGUAUUUUUAAAUUGAUUUUUAUUCGAUUAGUAAUUACUAAAAGUAGUUUUAAUAAUAAAUUGUGAAAUUCGUAAUGUACACAAGAUAAAAAUAAACAGUAUUUUUUCGUCA